AUGGUUUUCCUAACUUUAGGGGUUUGUUGCAACUGGCUGCUGAUUAUUUGUUUUCCUCAGGUGCCCCGUACGGAAGGUAACGAGAAAGGAAAAGGUAAUUACUGGACAUUCGCCACAGGCUGUGAGUCCAUGCUGGACCUCUUUGAAAAUGGCAACUUUCGUCGCCGCCGCCGCAGACGCAACUUAAAAAUGGGCCUGAAGGAGCCAGCCGAACCCUUUGUUGCCAUGGACACUCAUCAGGGCAUUGCAGUAAGACCCACGGAUUCAGAUUCUUUCUGCCCUGUGAACACUAGUCACAGACCGGCCCAAAACAAACCUGAGCCUGAGAUCAAAUUCAGCAUUGACUACAUUCUCUCCACGCCGGACCCUCUGCCAGGGUUCAGAGCCCCUAACAGUGGAGCUGGAGCUGUGAUCCACCACCUGGAGCCACAACACCUCAAUCUACACUUCUGGACCAUGUAA